AAAUUCUGCUCAAUAGAGGAGUUUCUGCAAAGUUCCAGUUUAUACCAAACUAUAAUCAGAUACCAUUGGAAGCAAAAGAUUCUGAGAGUGCUUUGGUACUGUAUGCAACUAACUUGAUGUCAAGCUUGAGAACCUUUUUUUUUUUCACUGUGAAAGCAAAAUGAAAAAUGCUUUCUGAAAGCAGUUCAUUUUUGAAGGGUGUGGUGCUUGGAAGCAUUAUUUGUGCUUUGAUCACUAUGCUAGGACAUGUUAGGAUUGGGCAUGGAAAUAGAAUGCACCACCAUGAGCAUCAUCACCUACAAGCUCCUAACAAAGAAGAUAUCUUGAAAAUUUCAGAGGAUGAACGCAUGGAGCUCAGUAAGAGCUUUCAGGUAUACUGUAUCAUCCUUGUAAAACCCAAAGAUGUGAGUCUUUGGGCUGCAGUGAAGGACACUUGGACCAAACACUGUGACAAAGCAGAGUUCUUCAGUUCAGAAAAUGUUAAAGUAUUUGAAUCAAUUAAUAUGGAAACAAAUGACAUGUGGUUGAUGAUGAGAAAAGCUUACAAAUAUGCCUUUGAUAAGUAUAGCGACCAAUACAACUGGUUCUUCCUUGCAUGCCCCACUACAUUUGCUAUUAUUGAAAACCUAAAGUAUUUUUUGUUAAAAAAGGAUCCAUCACAACCUUUCUAUUUAGGCCACACCACAAAAUCUGGAGACCUUGAAUAUGUGAGUGUGGAAGGAGGAAUUGUCUUAAGUAUAGAAUCAAUGAAAAGACUUAACAGCCUUCUCAGUAUCCCUGAAAAGUGUCCUGAACAGGGAGGAAUGAUUUGGAAGCUAUCUGAAGAUAAGCAGCUAGCAGUCUGCCUGAAAUAUGCUGGAGUGUUUGCAGAAAAUGCAGAAGAUGCUGAUGGAAAAGAUGUUUUUAAUACCAAAUCAGUUGGGCUUUCUAUUAAAGAGGCAAUGACUAAUCACCCAAAUCAGGUAGUAGAAGGAUGUUGUUCAGAUAUGGCUGUUACUUUUAAUGGACUGACUCCUAACCAGAUGCAUGUGAUGAUGUAUGGGGUGUACCGUAUUAGGGCAUUUGGACAUAUAUUCAAUGAUGCAUUGGUUUUCUUACCUCCAAAUGGUUCUGACAAUGACUGAGAAGUGGAGGAAAAGCAUGUGUUUGGUCAUCAUAUAAGACAUGUUGUUAUUAUUUGUAGUAAUGAUUACAUAUUCAACACAGUGGUGUGUUUCUUUUCUAAUCUGGAGACACUGGUAUAAUCACAUUAAUGUUUACUAGUACAUUUUUAAAUGGGGUGGUAUUUUUUCCUUAAAACUUGUGAAAUUUUUAAAUGUGUUGGAAAAAAAUCUUAAGAAUAAUUUUUCAAAAAGAUAUAUUUAUAAAUGUUAUUUAUGUGAUAAAUCCUCAAUUAUGAACAUUAAAAAUCUGUGUGGCACAUAUUUUUUUCUGAGUGUUUAAAAAUUUAAUUUGUCUUUUUAGCUUUUUAAUAUAUGUAAAUGAAAUAUCCAGUUGUGAAUUUAUGAUUAAAAUAAAAGUUUUAGCUCUGUUUCCUUUACUUCAAAUGUAGAUUUAUGCUCUGAGCUUCCCCAACUGCCAAUGGAUUUGUCUUCUCAAAAUACACAACUGUGCAACUAAGGAAAUUU